AUGGGAAUUUGUGCAAGUCGUCGUUGGCCUUCGUUGACCCAGUUUUACGAGUUAGAUACCCCAGAGAUGGUUCUUGGGGAAGGAACUAACUCACGGGUAUUUCGUGCACGCGAGCGUGCAAGUGGUAAAUUGGUUGCCAUCAAACGCCUGUAUAAAGCACAGCAGCAGCUGAUCAAUGACGAUCCUGUUCAAUGGGAGCGUGAGGUGGCGUUACUACGUCGUUGUGCUUCUCACCCGAACGUGGUUGCACUACACGACGUUCUGGAGACACGAGAGUUCGUGUACAUCAUAAUGGAGCUUGCAGAGGGUGGUGAGCUCUUCCAGGCUUUAAUUGACGAAGGAGCGUACUCGGAAUGGGACGCUCGACGUUUCAUUGCCGACCUUCUUGAAGCAUUACGGUUCCUCCAUGAACUUGGUAUCGCGCACAGAGACGUCAAGCCAGAAAACUUGCUGCUAACCUCUACAAGCCCAAAGCUUGCAAGCAUUAAACUGGCAGACUUUGGUCUAGCAGCACUCGUCGAAGAGAGCAGUUUGCUUUCCAAAGGUCGGAUGACCUGGGCCUACUGCGCACCGGAGGUCUUCCCAGCAGCACAAUCACCUGAGUCCUCGGAACCGGAACUUGAUACGGAAGCCUCGACGCCCAAGCCAGCACGAAGAUCUCAAGUCGGUGUCCAAAGCGAUGUGUGGAGCGUAGGGAUCGUGCUCUACGUGCUGCUAAGCGGAGUUCAUCCAUUCGAUCUCGAUGGGCGACAGACUCGAGACCAAAUGAUUGGCAACAUUCAGUCGGGGCAGUUUAACAUGUCUGGCCCUCGCUGGGAUGCUAUUUCGUGUGAGGCUAAAGGUUUGAUCUCGGCUCUGCUCCACGUUCAACCUGAAGCGCGACCUACAGCAGCUAAAGCACUCGAAUAUGAAUGGUUCAAGUCGCAACGCACAUCGCGUCAAUCUUUGGCUGUCUCGACCGAAGACACGGACAACCUCCGGCAGUAUCGCCACAUCAUGCGUCGCAAGUUUCGGACGAGCGUAAUAGCUGCUGUUGCCGCUGAUACACUUCGUCGCAGCCUAAAGAAAAGCCGUCACUCCACGGGAUCGGUCAAAGGUAAUGAAGCCGCAGGUCUUGUUGAAGCUCCGCCAAAGUCGUUGGAGGACAAUGCGACAGUCGAAGUUGCUCCGGUUCCACCUGCUGCUGGUGAGGCGUCACCAUUCCCGUCUUCACCAGAUGGCGCUUCAGCUGAAGUUACUGCCGUCACCGGUGAAACUAGAGAUGCAAGCCCCCCGGUGGCUACCCAUUCUGUGCUUAAGCAUAUCUUCCAACACGAUUAUCAGGAAGAUAGCGGUUCACUCGAGUUAAUGACUGCAACCGCCGCAGAUGCAGACGUGAGCGACGUCACUGUCAACGUCUAG